AUGCAAUCUUUGGUAGCGUUUGCCAAGUUAAAGAGACAGCUUGUUCUGAUGCACCCAGAGGCUAAAUCUCCCAAGGAAUUUGUAGAUGGAACUGUAUUUUGGGUCAACCAAGAUUUUGCUGUCAUUAAGAAUGGGAAGCCUCAGAAGCGUGGUAAGAUCAACCUUAUAGGAAGACUACAGCUCUCUACAGAGAGAAGUACUGAAGAAGAUAAAGAAGGAAUUGUGCAACUCAGAAUACUUAGAACACAGGAGGCAAUAGUUAAGAUCAUGAAGAUGAGGAAGAAGCUUAGCAAUGCCCAACUUCAGACGGAAUUGGUUGAAAUCCUCAAGAACAUGUUCCUUCCGCAGAAGAAGAUGAUCAAAGAACAAAUAGAAUGGCUGAUAGAUCAUAAGUACAUGAAGAGAGAUGAUGGUGACAUCAAUACAUUCAUCUACCUUGCUUGAUUAUCAUGCCAGUCAGAACUGACUCAGCGGGUGAUUGGUCCGGUCUGAAUAUCUUGACAAAGAGAUGGGAAAUGGUCGAAAGAGAAAUAUUUAUCAUCACAAAGGAUAGUAAUGGGUAUUCAUUUGUAUUUUACACUGUGAAGAAAUUGUGGAGAAAAUACUGUGGCUCGACGGAAAGAUGGAGACAACCCUCCACCUACCGUUCCCUCAGACUUGUUAGAACUAUGGCCCUACAGGAUGUGUAUCCAGUCAUCUAGUUAUCACCAGGACAAAAAUCAAGAGAUAGUUUUGUGUUAUUGAAUCCUGGACUGACGGAUGCACGUGAGUUAGUGUCCAGGAUAUCAGAAGAGGCCAUUCAUGCCAUGAAUGCGAAUUAAGACAAGAAAGCUCACUGAAGAUUGGCAGACCUUGCAAGAAAGGAAGAACUCUAUAUCUACCUGUUGCUAUCCUGUUUGCACCUGCUAAGGAACAGUUCUUAUCCUCUCUCUGGGGUGCUGGGACUGUUCCUGUGUCUUCUUUCUUCCCCCCAAUGGGUCAGCAGUCCAACGAUUGUACUAAUAUGGCAAAUUUAUUAGUGAACAUAAGCUACCUAUCAUGACUACAAUGAAAUAUUUGACUAUGAUGUUUCUGCAGAAGAGAAAUUCAUAUUCCUUCAUUUAGGUAGAGUGACUACAACUCUCUUCAUUCUAGCCCAAUUCGGUCAGUAAUCUACGAACCGUCUGAGUUUAGAACGUUAAGUGUUUCCAAACCAGGAAUGCAUAUAUAUUAUUUAUGAAUUUAUGGCAGAGAGAAAUAUCCAUUUACAUGUACAUGUACAUUUGGAAACUUGGAACAAACAUAAAUCUUGCUUUGUUACACGUACAUUGACAUGCUGUUAUCAUCAAAGUAGCUGAUUAGUCAAAUCAUCUAAAGACAGCCUAUGUGCACGCUCCAAUUCUUGCUUUUUUAUAAACGAAGUUUGAAGUUGGUAUCUAGGAAUCAGUGUAUGGUCGGGCGGUCGGUCCGUUGCAAAUCUUGCACAUCGAAUUACUUUCUCAGUUUUUAACCAAUUCUCAUGAUAUUUAGCUCACCCAUUGGUCUUUGGGUAAUACUAGGCUAGACAUAUUUUUUCUAUGUGUUGGAAACUGUUUCCAUGGUAACAGUAUUAAUCACCUUCAGUGAUAGUUCUAAUUUGUCUCAAUCCAAAAGCCUUCGAGCAUGUUCAAGAUGGUGAGCAUUAAACCUGUUUCGUUCCCCAUCUAUCCAUUGCGGGCUAGUUAACCUCUCUCGCUCUUUGCAGUACAGUGAAACUUAAGGAUCUGGCUAAAACUAUUUCAUGUUCCUCUGUGCAAGUAGUUUAGUUUGUUUCAAGAACAAGUCAUUGUUUAUUUGAAUUUAUAUCCCCUUUAAUCCUGUUGAUACUUUUGAAUCAUCUGCAGUGCAAUUGGGCUCACAAAGACAGUAAUGGCUGAGCACUCUUUUUUAGAGGUCCUUUUCUUGAAAUGAGAGUAAUUAAUUCUUAAUUAUCUAAAUGUUUUUUGGGGGGGUUUUGUGAAGUGAUUAGGAUGAGUCAUACAGUAUAUAUCUUUGGAAAACUGAGAAUCUCCACUUUUAGGAGAGCUUAAAACAGUAUGGUGAUUUUGGCGACUUAUUGGUGGAUUUGAGGGGGCCGGCAACAUAUUCAAUAACUCUACUUCAAUGAAUCUUGCAAGAAACCAUUGAUAUCCACAUAUUCUCCUACAUGUAUGUUAUCCAAACUCUAGAAUCAUUAAUCUGAUGCACAACAGUAGGGGAAGGCGGGGUAAGUUGUGACACUUUUUGCAUUUUGCAUGAUAGAAUUGAUAUGACUAAUAAUAUUGUAGAAAUAAGUACCUUGCCUUUAAAUAUGAUUCUUGGGAAAUCUUUUUCACCUAUAUACAUCUUCCUACCCCCACACUGAAAGUCGUUGUGACCUUUGAAAAAAACGAUGUCAAGUGGCACAACUUGCCCCAUCUGUGGGGUAAGUUGUGCCACCUUUGAGGGUAAGUUGAGCCACCUUUGAGGGUAAGUUGAGCCACAAAAACUAUGUACAAAAUGUAUGCGGGAAUAAUCAGCAUGUCAAUUUUUUAUUUAAAGUCUUUUCACUUGUUAAUUCUCUAAAAAUACUAACAUUCUUUAAAAGAAUACUAAAAAUAAGUUGAGCCACAAAAACUAUGUACAAAAUGUAUGCGGGAAGAACCAGCAUGUCAAUUUUUUAUUUAAAGUCUUUUCACUUGUUAAUUCUCUAAAAAUACAAAAAUUCUCUAAAAGUAAAAGAACUGUCAUGUGAAUUUGCUCUUUUCUGCCUGCAUAUCGAUGGCUUUUUAAGGUUUGAUUGCGUUUUUGUUUACAUUACCAUAAGAAUUACCAUGGCUCAACUUGCCCCAUGUUUGCUGGCUCAACUUACCCCAGUCCGAACUUAAUGCGAUAAUUUCGCAUCCACACAUUUCUUAUGUAUCCAUCAUGUAAAAGACUGUGACAAGAAUGAAGAUCCAUACCUGGACUGACAAUGUUGUUCCUAUGCUUUAUUAUAUACAAAGAAGUGUGUGUGUAAAAACACUUAUCUAUUUCACACCCUUUUUUACUUUUUUGGCUGAAAUUUGUAUUUUUCCCUCUAAAAAGGUACUUUUUGUUUUAAAGUUGAAAACAAUGUGGUGGGGUUAAGGGUUAUGUAAUGGGUCAUCAAUACAUGACACCACCAUAAGGUCUGACUCAUUCAUUAUUGGCCUGGGGGCGGUGGCUCAACUUGCCCCUAUGCUCAACUUACCCCGCCUUCCCCUAAUAUAUGAAAUAGGUAUUACAAUCUGUAUUAAUGUACGGUACAUGUUUAUUUUCCUAUGAAUACUAUUUAACAUGUUACUUUUUGUAAUAUGAUCUUAAGCCCAGCGCACACUGUGCAAUUCGUUGCCAUUCAGAUUUCAAAGAAAUAAUAAAAGAAUUCAAUAUAAUGUGCGCUGGGCUUAAUUCGAAUUUCACGAAUUUAUGAUAUGUGUGGAUACAAGUGUCUCCAUGUUUUGUAAAAAAUAAUGUCAAUCAGAAGUAUUGAUGUAAAUUGCCUGUUUUAACAGUUAAUGUCUGUUUUCCUGAUAAAGCAGAAUCAAAUUCACACUCCUAGCAUUAAAUGGUUAAAAUUUUGCCAGGCCUGUUUAGUUUAUUUGAGUUAAGGGAAUGUUCCAUCAGGUUUCAAAAUAUAUUGAAAAUAAAUUUUAGUUGAUAAAACACCCCCAAGAAACUCUAUUUCCAAGUAUAUCUGCUAUAUUUAAAAUCUGUGCUCCUCUUAAAAAACAUGGUUAGUCUCAAUGGAGUACACAUUAAAUGAAUAUUUAGGCCAGCAAACUUAAUAUAUCCUUGGGUAGAUAUUGAUUUGAAUACAUUUUUAAAAGGUUCUAUUUCAUAAAGAGUGAUCUAUGUUCUCUAAUCCCAUCCAUAAGGCUGCAUACCAUCUGUAAGUUACAUGUGGAUUCACAAACACCUAAGAUUAAUUUUUAUCAAGAUGAAAUCAAUUUUAUGAUAUUUGAUUGGUAAACAGCUUCUAAAAAUAAUUAACACACUAGUGUGUUAAGUGUAUCUGAUCACAGGAAUUGUUUUAUCAAAUACCUAGGAUUAUACUUAUUGUUCAGUCCACACUGGUUCAUAUCAGUAAUUGCACUUUCUUAACUCUUGACAUGUUUCGUUUGCAACAAUGCACACCCGUAGAUGUGUUUCGUCAACCACGUCUUAUUGAUGCCCCUUUGUCUAAUAGUUUUCGUAGAUUUGUUUUGUUUUGGAUACAUUCACUUUCAAGAGCACUGAGAAGAAGAAAAAAAACUAAUAUAUCCUCCUGCAGACCCAAGAAAUUCAUUGAAAAAAAGGAGAAAAAUCAAUAAAACCUUCCUCACAAACAAUACCAUGGUUAGGUUCAAUGUUAGGAGUGUCACCUGUGUGAAAGAGGUGCUUUGGUUGAGGUACAUUCAACAAUGGAAGAUUUACCCCCUUUUUUCUUUUUCAUGAUAAUUCAUGCCACUGACACAAGACCAAAAUAAGUAAGGGCUUAAGUUUUGUUGGAUAUUUAAGAAGAAAGCUUUAAGAUAAAAGAAAUAUUAUGAUUUAUUAUUACAUUAGUAAUCCAAUAGAUAUAACAAGAAAGCUUACAAAGUGCCCUACAAGUUUGCUAAAAUAAAAUGUUGAGAUAAAAUUAUAGCCCUCUAAAUAAAAGAGAGUACAUGUAUUAUACCAUGUAGAAGGGUUCUCUUGCGAUCUGCUAAAAUGAUGCAACACAAAAGGGGUUUACAGGUCAAUGCAUGAAGAGUUGAUAUAGCUUUCAUUUUUGUCUCACCUGCAUAGCAGAGUGAGACUAUAGGCGCCGCUUUUCCGACGGCGGCGGCGUCAACACCAAAUCUUAACCGAAGAUUAAGUUUUUGAAAUGACAGCAUAACUUAAAAAGUAUAUGGACCUAGUUCAUGAAACUUGGCCAUAAGGUUAAUCAAGUAUUACUGAACAUCCUGCCUGAGUUUCAUGUCACAUGACCAAGAUCAAAGGUCAUUUAGGGUAAAUGAACUUAGACUAUGUUGGGGAAAUCAACAUCAAAAUCUUAACCUACAUGUAUGGUUAAGUUUUUGAAAUGUCAUCAUAACUUAGAAAAUAUAUGGACCUAGUUCUUGAACCUUGGACAUAAGGUCAAUCAAGUAUUACUGAACAUCCUGCAUGAGUUUCACGUCACAUGACCAAGGUCAAAGUUCAUUUAGGGUCAAUGAACUUUGGCCAAAUUGGGGGUAUCUGUUGAAUUACCAUCAUAACUUUGAAAGUUUAUGGAUCUGACUCAUGAAACUUAGACAUAAUAGUAAUCAAGUGUCACUGAACAUCCUGUGCAAGUUUCAGAUCACAUGGUUAAGGUCAAAUGUCAUUUAGGGUCAACAAACUUUGGCAAAAUUGGGGGUAUUUGUUGAAUUACAAUCAUAACUUUGAAAGUAUGUUGGUCUAGUUCAUAAAACUUGGACAUAAGAGUAAUCAAGUAUCAUGGAACAUCCUGUGCGCAUUUCAGGUCACAUGACCAAGGUCAAAGGUCAAUGAACUUUAGCCAUAAUGGGGGUAUCUGUUGAAUUAUCAUCAUAACUUUGAAAGUUUAUGGAUCUGACUCCUGAAACUUGAACAUAAGAGUAAUCAAGUAUCACUGAACAUCCUGUGCGAGUUUCAGGUAACAUGAUCAAGGUCAAAGGUCAUGUAAGGUCAAUGAAUUACCAUCAUAACUCUUAGUUUAUUGGUCUAGUUCAUAAAACUUGGACAUAAGAGUCAUCAAGUAUCACUGAACAUCUCAUGCGAGUUUCAGAUCACAUGACCAAAGUCAAAGGUCAUUUAAGGUCAAUGAACUUUGGCCAUUUUAGAGGUAAUUAUUAGAUUGCUGUCAUAACUUUUAAAGUUUAUAGAUAUAGUGUAUAAAAUGUGGAUAUAGGUGUAAUCAAGUAUCACUGACAAGUUUUAGGUCACAUGAUCAAGGUCAAAUGUCAAUGAACGUAGUAUUGUAUCAUUAUAUGAAUGGUGUUUUUUUAUGAUAAUUAUUUUAUUGUAGUUUUCAAAGUCAGCACUGCUGCUAUAUUGAAUCGCGUGAUGCAGGUGAGACCGCCAGAGGCAUUCCACUUGUUGUUUUAUGUACACUCUCUGUGCUCUAAUAUACAGUAACUUGUCUGUGCAAUAUGCUUGUUCAUUUACACAUACAUGUAAAAACAAAUUGUACAAAAAAUAAAAUUUGUAAAAUUUGUAAAAAAAAAACUAUUUGGGUUCCAGAUACACAAAAUUAAAUUUUUUGACGAUACAAUCAAAAGAAAUUAAUUUUACGAAAUCAUUGAAGAAUCAUUAAAUCAUGUGUACUAUAAAGCAGGUGAAAAUUAUCUUUCAAGUAAAUACAAAUUUCAGAUCUCCCUAAUGUAGAGAUUUGUUUUCAUUUAUUCUUAGCUGUUUUGUUACCAUUUCCCCCUCUUGACCUUACAGUGACUGGUAUCUGGAAUUUCAGGGUUAGGGAAUUAUGUUUUAAGUCUCUUGAUGAAAGGUAUUACAUGCAAGGUUUACCAUCGAUGUGAUUUACAUGCGAAAAAAAAAACACUAGGAACUUGAACAGUUUUUGUUUUUUGUCAAUCGGCAUUCUAUCAUGUGGAUAGUUGCUAGAUAUGGCAAGCAUUGGAAAAAAAAAUUAUCCCCAAAAUUGAUUGGUAUUAGUGACCACUGCUCGUUUAUCAAUAUCUUUAUUAAUGGAUAGUUGCUAUAUCGGUCAAGCAUUUGAGGAUUUUGUAACUUCAACUUUAAAACAUUUUUGAUAUGUUGGUGAUCAGGAGCCCAUUGCACAAAGAGUUGUAAUCAAACGCAACCCUUUAAGAUCAUUUGCAAAUUGAUUUUCAACCAAUGAAAUGCAUGCAUUUGGGAUUUACGUUUGAUUUCUUGACUUGCGUUUCAAUACAGCUCUUCCUGCAAUGGCCCCCUAGUGAGAUAGGUAAGGGUCUUGAUACUAUGCAGACUCAAUCUUUUCAUCAAAAUGUAUAUCUUCUCUUUUCUUAUUAUUUUGAUGAAAUGUUUAAUAAUCAUGGUCAAAUUGUACAGGUCAUACAGAAUAUUGUACAGUUUAUUCACGUAUUACAUGAUUUAUCGAUAUGAAGAUAUUAAAGUCGUUUUGAACAAUGAACCACAAAUUA